UGAUAUUCGCAUUUUCUUCAGUCAGCAAAUGGCGUCGAGGUGGAGGUGUACGUAAUCUUUGUGCGUAGAUAAUGAAUGAAAUGUGUUUUCAUGAUUAAAAAAGUAACAAAAAAAUAAUCUAAUUAUCUAAAUUAAAUGCUGUGACUACCGAAAUUUAAAGCAAACGGUUUUAUUGUGUUAUAAAUGUAUAACAUAAGAAAUACGUAUGUUUUCGUUUCAUUAUUUGUAAACAAUGAAUGAAGAAGUGGAAGUAAAACUGACUGACGAUAGAGCGGUUUGGCCUCCUCCGGAAGGUUUAAAUACUAGCCCUAUUCCAUCUCAACAUCUUGGUGUGCCCACCACUCCUCAAGGGGCUCCUGCUAAUGUGGCAGCUUUUUCUGAAUGUGAUUUACCAUUUGAGCUUGUUCAACAAGGUUGGCGUAAAUUUUGGUCAAAAAGGGAAAAUAGGCCUUACUUUUGGAACAAGUUAAGUGGAGAAAGUUUAUGGGAAUUACCACUUAUUAAACCACAUUUUGAUCCCAUAACUGAUCCUUUGGGUAUAUGCGCUCCACCUUCAUGCUCUCCAAUAGGAGUUCCUCUUAUAAAUGGACCAGUUCCAGUUGUAAAAAGGCGUUCUUCUGAAGAAAUUGUGGGACCGCAAGUGAAGAAAUUUGUGUUGGCUGGACCAUGGGAUCUUGAUGUACCCACGAAUGUCAUUAUUUUGGAGAGGCCUCCCUGUAAUUAUAUGCACUCACAUCCAGAAAUUGAAGCUUUUCGUUGCAGUUUAUUAACAAAAUUGAGACAGUGUUAUCAAGAAUUAUGUCACUCGAGAGAAGGCAUUGAUGCCCCUAAAGACUCUUUUAAUCGAUGGUUAAUGGAAAGGAAAGUUAUUGAUACAGGUAAUGAUCCACUUUUGCCAAGCAGUUGUUACCCAGAAAUAUCACUGUCUAUGUACAAAGAAAUUAUGAAUGAUAUUCCUAUUAAAUUAGUUCGUCCUAAGUUUACCGGUGAUGCUAGAAAACAACUGUCAAGAUAUGCAGAAGCAGCAAAAAAAAUUAUGGAAUCAAGAAAUGCAGAAGCAGAAAGUAGAAAAGUUGUGAAAUGGAAUGUUGAUGAAACAUUUCAGUGGUUAAGGCGAACAGUUGGUGCAACAUAUGAUGAUUUUCAGGAUAGGCUGGCCCAUCUAAAAUCACAGUGUCAACCACAUCUUACUGAUACAGUAAAACCUUCUGUUGAAGGUAUCUGCUUAAAAAUUUAUAAUUUAUCUUCUGAAUACGCACGAAAAGUUCGAGAUAAAGCAAAUUCUAUUUUAAAAGAGCAUGGCAUGGAAUUACCGCCUUAUAUGCCUAUGGCAAGCACCCGUAAAGUCUGGUGUUAUCCAAUUCAGUUUGCUAUUGGUUGUCCGCGACUGCCUGUGGUGGAUUAUUUACCAGAUAGAGAUCAAGCGUUGCUCCGAUUUCAAGGAGACACACUCGCCAUUAACACCACACAUUUACAAAAAUUGGAACAUUUGUAUAGGCACAGUUGCUUCGACGACCGCAAAUUUGAAUUGUUCAUACCUCGAGUAUGGGUUAUGCUCAAGCGUUACGCCACUUUCCUCGGUGUCUACCCUUCUUUGAAUACUGCUAGUGUUGACUGUCAAGACACGCAGGCGUCUCUUCCUGUGACGGUAUUCGAAUGUCUACAUAGGACAUUCGGGGUCACAUUUGAGUGUUUUGCAUCACCAUUAAACUGUUACUUCAAACAAUAUUGUUCAGCAUUUGCAGAUUGCGAUUCGUAUUUUGGAAGUAGAGGACCGUUUCUUCAACUGAAAGCUGUGUCUGGUUCUUUUGAAGCACACCCACCUUAUUGUGAGGAAUUAAUGGAAUCAGCGGUAGACCACAUAGAACGAUUGCUCUCCGAUAGUCCAGAACCUCUGAGUUUUAUCGUGUUUAUGCCCGAUUAUAGGGAACCAACGCUGAACGCGCUCCUUAGACUUGAAUCAAGUCAGUUUAAAAAGAAACAGGUUACUGUACCCGCAUAUGAACAUGAAUUUCGGCAUGGUUUUCAACAUGUGCUUAGCAGGUCUGAAUUAAAUGUUCGAUCAUCUCAUGGAACUGUGAUAGUUUGGCUUCAAAAUAUAACCGGUUAUCAACGGUGGGGUCCGACAGAUGAGAGAGUGGAGGCUUUAUUGGAGGCAUUUAGGCCAGGACGGGAACGCGAACGCGAUCGACAAGAACUGUUGAGUCCAACGCGACAGGGCACCACGACCGAAAGCAAAGACGUACUAGUGCAUUAAUUUUAUACAUACGAAUAACAGCUUGUGGAGGUUGUACUUUUUAAUGUCUACAAGUACAUUUUUUGUUUUCCUUUUUUUAUACAUAUAAGUUGGAGAAUUUUUAUGUACAGUUAAUAUUUUAUAGAUUUAUAAUAUACACUAUAAUUAUUGUAUUUACUAAUGUUUGUGAUUCUAAAUUUCCAUCUAAUUAUCUUGUAAUUAUUAUGAAAAAUUAGACUCUUUAAUUAAUUUGAUAGUGACUAACUUACAGAGUCUCAAUAUUUCUAUAUUUACGUUUUAUUUUGUAAUCACUAAUUAGUAUUUUUUCAGUCCUUAUCACAACAUACAGCAUCAUUAAUUCAAUCAUAAAAUUCCGUAAAAUGGAAAUAAAUUAUCUUGUUUGCAGAUAUUUAAUAUUUUUUAAGUAAUAUAUUCAAUUUUUAAGCGUAGGGAAUAAAUGAUAUCGAAAAAGUUCAUAUAAAAUUUUUGACACUUUCUUUGUG